GCGUUUGUAAUUUUUUUCUCGGAACAUACAGAGUUCCGAUUUGUUGUCUUGGUUUUCUCGUCAAAAUGAGGCAAAUGAACCAAGUCAAGAGAUCACUCAAUCAUUUUUCCGAUUUGUUGCAAUGGUGAUUGUUGUGUAUGAAGAAGUUUUAAACUAUCUAUUCAGGCAAUAUGAAGGAAGAUAUUCUUGCGUUUUUUUUUCUUCCUUUUCUUUUGCACAUCCAAGGUUAUUUUUGCUGUUAAGCUGAAUGUACGGCCAUCCAAAAGACCAAACGGGGUCAUCGAGCAAAAACCGUCGCAAGUCACCGUCUCUGCAAGAUACCGAGGACUAUUUCGCGCGACUGUUAGCCGCCGAGGACCAAAGUAUUGUUAGCAUCAACGACGUCGACCGAUUCGAUUACUCGCUUUAUUCGACAUCCAUCAAUACUCAGUUUUCCACAUCCGGCAGCGACAUCUCUUCCGAGACUACCAGCGACACCCCUUCCAAGCCAUCCUCUCAUCAUCAGCCUCCAUUCCAGCAUUACCAGAACCCAUAUCAACGCUCUCUGUACCAGCAAGCACCACAAACCGCACCACAACAGCAACAUGCAAAUACUUUUCUUGUGAACUGUCCUCAGCCCGACGAUCUGUCUUCUCCCGCCGCAACACGCGUCCUGUAUGACAUGGAAUCCCUCCAAGAUCGAUACUCAGUACAAUUGCAACACCGUCUGGAGAAACUCGGUGAUAAUCCCAUGCUGUUUGAUUCAUCCGAUCCUUCCUAUGCAGGUUUCAUUUCUGGCGAUGACAGCAAACCAAUUGUGGCGCCAUCGAUCCUGCAACAACCAACCACAGAUCAUCACGCGUCCAUCACAGGAUAUAUGCCAGGAAGUGCCGUGAAUCACCUAAAUUAUAUGGGAUAUCGUGGGUUACCUUCAGCGUAUGCUAUUUCUUCCAAGAAAACCGAAAAUGAGGGCGGCGUCUAUGUACGAAAGGCAUGCGUUGCAUGUAAAGCGAGCCACGUGGCCUGCGAUGUGCAACGUCCUUGUGCGCGUUGCGUACGACUAAACAAGGCGGACACAUGCCAAGAUGCGGAAAGAAAAAAGCGUGGUCGACCGUGCGGUUCUACCAAGAAAAAGCCUGGGAAUGAUCAGAAAGAAAAAGGUCCCAGGCAUAAAAUGCAAAGAUGUUGAUCUUUCGAACAAAAGAAAAGAAAAACGAAUAAACAAAAAACCUAAUAGAAGAAAAUAUGAUACUGUUUAUAACGAAAAUGACAAU